GGUGUAGAAACUUAGAACGUGGACAGUUAGCCAAUUCAAAUAUCAACAAAUCUCUACACAAGAAGAAUAAUAUUACUACUACUAUAUUAGCAUUAUACAUUUUAUAUUAUGCUUCCAAUUACAUGAAAUAUUCAAAUGGCUUUGAGGUUUCUUCAAUAUCAACCAUUUUCUCCAAUUUUCAAUAUCAACUCCCAUAAUAGAAAACAAAAAUUCUUGAUACGUAAUGAAGUCUCUAUUUCUUCUACCAUUCCUUCCAAGCAAUCCAUCUCAGGCAAGUCAGAAGCAGAUAUCGUUGUCAUUGGGAGCGGUAUAGGUGGGCUAUGUUGUGCUGGACUUCUUGCUAGGUACGGCCAAGAUGUUUUAGUACUGGAAAGUCAUGAUGUAGCUGGGGGUGCCGCUCACUCUUUUGAUAUUAAAGGGUACAAAUUUGACUCUGGUCCAUCAUUGUUCUCCGGUUUUCAAUCACGAGGUCCUCAGGCAAAUCCAUUAGCACAGGUUCUUGAUGCAUUAGGUGAAUCAAUUCCCUGCAUCAAUUAUGACUCGUGGAUGGUAUACGUACCUGAAGGUGAAUUCCUGUCACGCAUUGGCCCAACUGAGUUUUUUAAGGAUCUAGAGAAGUAUGCAGGACCAGAUUCAGCAAGAGAGUGGAGGAAACUUCUUGACGCAAUACUUCCAAUGUCAGCAGCUGCAAUGGCUCUGCCUCCACUAUCUAUCCGAGGGGACUUGGGUGUUCUUUCCACUGCUGCUGCUAGAUAUGCACCUUCUCUUUUAAAAUCUUUUGCUCAAAUGGGACCUCAAGGAGCCCUUGGUGCUACCAAACUUCUCAGACCCUUUUCAGAUAUCAUUGAUUCUUUGGGGAUAAAAGACCCUUUUAUUCGAAAUUGGCUUGAUCUCCUAGCCUUCUUGCUUGCCGGAGUCAAAACUAACGGCAUACUCUCAGCAGAAAUGGUGUACAUGUUUUCAGAAUGGUAUAAGCCAGGUUGUACUCUAGAAUAUCCGCUUCAUGGAAGUGGAGCAAUUGUUGAUGCCCUUAUUCGAGGAUUACAAAAGUUUGGUGGGCGGAUUUCUCUCAGGAGUCACGUAGAAAACAUAGUUGUUGAAAAUGGUCGAGCUGUUGGAGUCAAACUAAGAGGUGGCCAAUUUGUCAGUGCCAAGAAGGCUGUAGUCAGCAAUGCAUCUAUGUGGGAUACGCUGAGUUUAUUGCCUCCAGAAGUUGUCCCGAAGUCAUACCAGGACCGGAUUGAAACAACCAAACAGUGUGAAUCAUUCAUGCAUCUGCAUUUGGGUUUUGAUGCAGAGGGUAUACCUGAUGAUCUGGGAAUCCAUCAUAUAGUAGUUAAUGACUGGGACCGAGGGGUUGAUGCUGAUCAGAAUGUUGUACUGAUAUCUGUGCCGAGCGUGCUUAGUCCAGAUCUUGCUCCACCUGGAAAGCAUGUUUUACAUGCUUAUACCCCUGGAACUGAGCCAUUUGAAAUGUGGGAAGGUCUUGAUCGCCGGAGCAAUGAGUACAAAAACCUCAAGGCUGAAAGAUCCGAGGUAAUGUGGAAGGCUGUAGAAAAAGCACUCGGGCCAGGAUUUUAUCGCGAGAAGUGUGAGGUGAAAUUAGUUGGAACUCCAUUAACACAUCAAAGAUUUCUUAGAAGAAAUAGGGGGACCUAUGGACCAGCUAUAUUAGCAGGUAAAAGCACAUUUCCUGGACAUUCAACGCCAAUUCCACAACUCUUGUGCUGUGGAGACUCUACUUUUCCUGGCAUUGGAGUGCCUGCAGUUGCUGCUAGUGGCGCCAUUGUCGCGAAUUCACUGGUUUCUGUUACGGAACAUUCACAGCUUCUUGAUGCUGUAGGGAUAUGAUCGAGAAAACAGCGCGGCUGUCAAGUUGGUUUGAAGUCGUGGAAAAUUUUGAUUCAUUCUGUAUAAAGCUUAGUGCUUUUCUUAUUCUCUAUAAAGCUUAACAUUGGUUAUACUCUGAACAAUACUGCCUUUGUUUACAUUAAUGAAAUGUUAAAUGUGUUUUUGAA